CGAUCAGAUCCCUCCGCCUAUUGGUUCUCUGGACCUGUCACCUUUCCCCCAGCAGCAAAAGCCUGCCCCGGUCAGAGCCGGCGCAGUGUGGACUCUGGCCUGCCGGGGUGGAAGAGCAGUCUGAGCCAUGGACCCAACCUUGGUGAUCUCGGUGUUGCUGGCCAUCGCCGUGUUGGCAGCCACAGUGCUGUACUUUCUGUCAUCAGGCUCUGCAGAGGAGAAGAAGGCCAAAGGACCCAUCACUCUCCAGGACCCCACACUGAAAUAUCCACUACCUCUGAUAAGCAAAGAGGAAAUCAGUCAGGACACAAAGAAGUUCCGCUUUGGCCUUCCCUCUUCAUUCCACGUCCUUGGACUGCCAGUCGGUCAGCAUGUUUACCUGUCGGCUAAGGUGAACGGGGCUCUGGUGGUCAGACCCUACACUCCAGUGUCCUGUGAUGAAGAUCAAGGUUUUGUUGACCUUGUGGUUAAGGUUUAUUAUAAAGGCACCCACCCGUCCUACCCAGAUGGAGGUCAGAUGUCUCAGUACCUGGACAAAAUGGCAAUUGGAGACACCAUUGACUUCAGAGGGCCAAAUGGGCUCCUGGUGUAUCAAGGGAAUGGCCGGUUCUCCAUCAGAGCCAACAAGAAGUCAGAGCCAAAGGUUCGGAGGUUCAAGCACGUGGGAAUGAUCGCAGGAGGAACUGGUAUCACUCCUAUGCUGCAGCUGAUUCGCAGGAUCACCAGUGACCCCACAGACAGCACCACAUGCUCUCUGAUAUUUGGCAACCAGACUGAGAAGGACAUCCUACUAAGGGAGGAGCUGGACGAGGUGCAGAAGAACCAUCCGGAUCAAGUCAAGCUUUGGUACACGCUGGAUAAACCUCCACAGGGCUGGAAAUACAGCUCAGGAUUCGUGACCUCCGACAUGAUCAAGGACCACAUUCCUCCUCCAUCCUCCGAUCUGCUGGUUGUCCUCUGCGGUCCCGCUCCGAUGAUCAAGAACGCCUGUCUGCCCAAUCUGGAAAAACUGGGACACGCACAGGAAAACAUCUUCUCCUAUUAGGGGGAAUUCACCUCCCAUUUAGUACCACAAAUGACCUUGUGAGGGAUGGUGAAACAGCUCAUGUAUCUGCUGUCCAAAUAAUCUCAGAUGUUCUUUUAUUAUUGUUUGGAAUAAAGAUGUAAUAUCAAGUCAUUCCAGUGAUACUGAGAAAGAAAAUCACUAAAUACAAUAAAGUUUUUUUU